AUCAGUGAGCUAAUAUGACGAGAAGUAAUAACAAAGCAUCAAAAGUUCUCGCUUGUAUAUAUAAACCGCUUGGUUGGUUUCCAGUAGUGAUUAUAAAUGCAAUAGCAGUUUGGUCAUAUUUCGCUUACGUUAUUAUUUUAUGUGUUGAUAAUGUUACUGAUCCAUGGGAAAAGGGUAUCUAUUUGGCUUUUUACCACCCUUUCUUUCUCAUGUUUAUGGUGUGCUAUUGGCAGGCUAUAAUGUCAUCUCCAGGAUAUACACCUAGUCAGUUCUAUUUAUCAUCUGAAGAUGCAGAAAAAUAUGAAAAUGCAGAAAAUCCACAAGAAGUUAUUACCGAGCUAGCAAAAGAGUUACCCAUUGUAACCUUAUCUGUUAAUAAAACAAUACGGUUUUGUGAACCAUGCUAUUUAAUAAAACCUGACCGCAGUCAUCAUUGUUCCAUGUGUCAGAGGUGUGUUUUAAAGAUGGACCAUCACUGCCCAUGGAUAAAUAAUUGUGUUGGCUGGGGAAACUAUAAAUACUUCAUUCUAUUUUUAUCCUACUCGAUAACUUAUACGAUGUAUGUGGCAUUAACCUCGCUAAAAUAUUUUAUUAAAUUCUGGUCGGGUAACAGCGUGAAGGCGAAUAGUAACUUGCAUGUGUUAUUUCUUUUUUUCGUUUCGACCAUGUUUUCGAUUAGUUUAUGGUCCCUCUUUGGUUUUCAUAUAUACCUAACCCUGUCGAAUAAAACAACUCUAGAAUCGUUUCGUGCACCAAUAUUUCAACAUGGGCCUGAUAAAAAAGGUUUCUAUCUUGGACGAAUGAACAAUUUUAAGCAAGUCUUUGGGAACAAAAAAUGGAAAUGGUUCUUGCCUAUAUUCAGCACGUUGGGUAAUGGUUAUUCAUACCGCACGUCAUUCCGAAAACACAACGAAACAACUGGAUUGUUAAUACAUAAUGAUUAUGAUGAUGAUGAUGACAGUCAACUGAUGUCAAGUGAGCGUGACGUUCUGUUAAACUAUGAAGAACCCACUGCUAUAUACACAGGCGCUCAUUUUGUAAACAGUGCAGAUAUUAAACUGAACGGUUAUUUAGGGAAAGGUCGUUCCUUAAGUGAUGAUGAUGAUGAAGAAGAGGAUGUAGCGUUUGAUGCAUCAGAGUUGCACAGAACUCGUCAUGUUUCUUUAGAUAUGCAGGACCUUAUAAGCUCAGGUGAUGAAAAAGCAGGUUGAAAAAAAUUAAUUCGGUAGCACUAUAUAUAUUUUAAUAUUCCUUUUGUAUGUUUUUUUGGUUUGAUAUUUUUGUAUACGCAUCGUGUUUUUUAUUUGUUAAUUUUA